AAGUCUGGGAGCUGGGGAGCGACAGGACAGAGCGCACAGAGCCAUGAGGCUGGCACAAAUGAGUCUGGCCUUUGGCUGGGCAGCUGUCAUAUUAGUUCUACAGAUGGCAGACACAACAUCUGCUGUGAGGACUCCUUAUGACAAAGCGAGGGUAUUUGCAGACCUGAGCCCCCAGGAGAUAAAGGCUGUGCACAGCUUCCUGAUGAACAGCAAGGAGCUGGGGCUGCAGCCGUCCAAGAAACCGACUUUGGCCAAGAAUUCCGUGUUUCUUAUUGAGAUGCUACUGCCCAAGAAGAAUCAUGUGCUGAAAUUCCUGGAUGAAGGAAGAAAGGGCCCUGUCAGGGAAGCCAGGGCCAUCAUCUUCUUUGGUGCCCAGGAUCGCCCCAAUGUCACUGAGUUUGCUGUAGGGCCCCUGCCACGGCCCUACUACAUUCGAGCACUAUCCCCCCGGCCAGGGCACCAUCUGUCCUGGUCAUCCAGACCCAUCUCCACAGCAGAGUAUGACUUCCUCUACCACAUGCUGAAGAGAGCCACCAUGCCUCUGCACCAGUUUUUCCUUGAUACCACUGGCUUCUCAUUCCUCGGCUGUGAUGACCGGUGCUUGACCUUUACCGAUGUGGCUCCGCGGGGUGUGGAGUCUGGGCAGCGUAGAAGCUGGCUUAUCGUGCAGCGUUACGUGGAAGGCUACUUCCUGCAUCCCACGGGGCUGGAGAUCCUAGUGGAUCACGGGAGCACAGAUGUCCAGAACUGGAGGGUGGAACAGCUCUGGUAUAACGGCAAGUUCUACAACAGCCCAGAGGAACUGGCUCGUAAGUAUGCAGUUGGAGAAGUAGACACGGUGGUCCUUGAGGACCCACUGUCUGGUAGCACAGAUCAGCCGCCACUCUUCUCCUCCUACAGGCCCCGGGGGGAAUUCCACACACCAGUCACUGUUGCUGGCCCCCACAUUGUCCAGCCCAGUGGCCCCCGAUAUAAACUAGAGGGCAACACUGUGCUCUACGGAGGCUGGAGCUUCUCUUACCGGCUAAGAUCUUCUUCUGGGCUGCAGAUCUUCAAUGUGCUCUUCGGGGGUGAGCGUGUUGCCUAUGAGGUCAGUGUGCAGGAGGCGGUGGCACUAUAUGGAGGACACACGCCUGCAGGCAUGCAGACUAAGUAUAUUGAUGUUGGCUGGGGCCUGGGCAGUGUCACUCACGAGUUGGCCCCUGGCAUUGACUGUCCAGAGUCUGCUACUUUCCUGGAUGCCUUCCACUAUUACGACAGCGAUGGCCCUGUCCGUUAUCCACGUGCUCUGUGCCUCUUUGAGAUGCCCACGGGAGUGCCCCUUAGGCGCCAUUUUAACUCAAACUUUAAAGGUGGCUUCAACUUCUACGCGGGCUUGAAGGGACAUGUGUUGGUGCUGCGGACGACAUCGACAGUCUAUAAUUAUGAUUAUAUCUGGGAUUUCAUCUUCUACCCUAACGGAGUGAUGGAGACCAAGAUGCACGCCACUGGAUAUGUCCAUGCAACCUUCUACACCCCCGAGGGACUGCGCCAUGGCACUCGCCUACAAACCCACCUGCUUGGCAACAUCCACACCCACCUGGUGCACUACCGUGUUGACCUGGAUGUGGCAGGCACCAAGAACAGCUUCCAGACACUAACAACAAAGAUGGAAAACAUCACCAAUCCCUGGAGCCCGAGUCACUCCCUGGUCCAGCCCACACUUGAGCAGACCCAGUACUCCCAGGAGCGACAGGCUGCAUUCCGCUUUGAACGGACUCUGCCCAAGUACCUGCUCUUUAACAGUCCCCAAAAGAACCGCUGGGGCCACAGGCGCAGCUACCGCCUGCAGAUCCACUCCAUGGCUGAGCAGGUGCUGCCACCAGGUUGGCAGGAGGAGCGGGCUGUCACUUGGGCCAGGUAUCCCUUGGCUGUGACAAAGUAUCGGGAAUCUGAGCGCUACAGCAGCAGCCUCUACAACCAGAAUGACCCCUGGGAUCCCCCUGUGGUCUUUGAGGAGUUCCUUCAGAACAACGAGAACAUUGAAAAUGAGGAUUUGGUGGCCUGGGUGACAGUGGGCUUCCUGCACAUCCCUCACUCAGAGGACGUCCCCAACACAGACACACCUGGAAACUCCGUGGGCUUCUUGAUCCGGCCCUUCAACUUCUUCCCAGAGGAUCCAUCCCUGGCAUCUAGAGACACUGUGAUAGUGUGGCCCCAGGACAAGGGGCUCAACCAUGUCCAGCGCUGGAUCCUUGAGAACAGGGACUGCUCGGUGUCUCCUCCUUUCAGCUACAAUGGGACUUACAAGCCUGUGUGAUGGGUCUGACCUCAGCCUCUGCAUUAUAGCCCCAGAGGCUCACAAAGAUAGGAAAAACAAACAAACAAACAAAACUUCUGUUUCUACCCUGUAUGCUGCCUUUUAGCAGCAGGGGAGGGCUGGCUCUACUCAUGUUUCAUUACCUUACCUGCCAAAGACUUCCAUGACAAUUGCGAAAGAAGGAUCACAGAAUUCUCUUCAGGUGGGUUGUAGGGGGUUGUUUUUUUUAAAAGACAUUUGAGGAUUUUAUCUUCCUAUCAGGAGACUUUGGGGAAAUUGUCUCAUCUCAAUGAUGAGCAGGAGUAAAGAAACUGUCAUAUGAAAAUCUAAUAAAAUGACACCUUUGCCUUUUA